ACCACCAAAAUUCUGUUAAGCCCUAAACCCUAAUAUAUUCUCUCUCGCGCCUCACUGUCUCUCUGGCAUGUCAAUCGAGAGAGGAUAGCAGUCUGUUAAUCAAGCAAAGCAUCAAAGUAGAAACAAUGAGUAAGCAAGAAAACACAGAAAAUAAGAAAUUUUCAAUAUGGGAUUUGCCAGAUGUUCCUAUGGGCCAGCUUCCUCCACAUCUCCAGCUUCAAAGAACUCGUGUUGUUUGCAAAGCUGAUGCUCCUAUCCACACUGAUAAUAUAAUCUACUCUGGUGCCUAUGCCUCAAUGGGGAUUGAUAAUAGUGUGCAUUUAGGUAGUUUCCGCGACAACUUUAAAGUUGAAGUGAUUCGACUGACUAAGGAUGAUAUGGAGUUUGACAUGAUCGGUAUUGAUGCAGCAAUAGCUAAUUCAUUUCGAAGGAUUCUCAUUUCUGAGCUUCCUACGAUGGCUAUUGAAAAAGUCCUUAUUGCGAACAAUACAUCACUUAUCCAAGACGAAGUCCUUUCUCACAGGUUGGGCCUUAUUCCAAUCAGUGCUGACCCUAGGCUGUUUGAGUAUCUUUCAGCAAAUGACACCCCAAAUGAAAAGAACACCAUUGUCUUCAAACUUCAUGUUCGUUGCAAACGAGGUGAACCUCGUCGUACAGUAUAUUCUGAAGAAUUGAAGUGGUUACCAAAUGGUAGUGAGUUUAUCAAGGAAUCAGAAAAAGUUGAUACAAAGCCUAGCACCUAUACUUCUUUUACUUGCAGCCAAGAUUCUCUACAGAACUCCUCAAGCAAGCCAAUCGGCCCAGCGGAAGACAAGAUAAUACUUGCUAAACUUGGCCCUGGACAGGAAAUUGAACUUGAAGCUCAUGCUGUUAAAGGCAUUGGUAAAACACAUGCAAAAUGGUCCCCUGUUGCCACUGCUUGGUACCGGAUGCUUCCUGAGGUUGUUUUAUUAGAAGAUGUUGAAGAUGAGACAGCUGAAGAGCUUAAGAAGAAAUGCCCUGUUAAUGUAUUUGAUAUUGAAGACAUUGGCAAUGGAAAGAAAAGGGCAACUGUUGCUCGACCGCGGGCUUGCACGUUGUGUAGGGAGUGCAUUAGAGGGGAAGAAUGGGAUAAACGUGUGGCACUGCGUCGCGUUAAAGAUCAUUUUAUAUUUACUAUUGAAUCCGCUGGAGCAUUGCCUCCUGAAGUGCUAUUUCCUGAAGCUGUGAAGAUUUUGGAAGACAAGUGCGAACGUGUAAUUACUGAGCUUUCUUGAUUCUUCUCCCCCCUCUAUUCGUAUAUUAUGAAAAGAAUUUAGUGGUGAAGGGCUGUACUGGAAACAGUGCAUCUUAUGUUCCUUCUGGAGAUAAAUUUUUGUGCACCUCUUGGUUAAAUGAAUUUGCCCGUCCAUUAUAAAAGCCUAGUUUUUGCCAAAUGUGAAUUUUUAAUAGAUUUAACACAUGAUUAUGCACUCUGUUUUAUCAUGAAAGAAGAAUUCUUACUGGUUCCCACCUUGCGAAA